CCAAGGAGCUUCCCCAGGGAGCAGCUCACCACCUGCCCAGCCCUGGACACCUCUGAUACCAUGUGGUUCCCGAUUCUGUGCCUCGCUCUGUUCCUGUGGGAGACAGGUGCGGCGCCACCCAUCCAGUCUCGAGUGGUAGGAGGCCAGGAGUGUGUGCCACAUUCCCAGCCCUGGCAGGUGGCUGUGUACCGAUACAGCACAUACACAUGCGGGGGCGUCCUGGUGGACCCCAGCUGGGUGCUCACAGCUGCCCACUGCAUAGAGGACAAUUACCAGGUCUGGCUGGGUCGCCACGACCUAUAUGAAGAUGAAGCCACCUUCCAGCACAUCCUUGUCAGCAAGGCCAUCCCUCACCCCAAGUUCAACAUGAGCCUCCUGAAGCCGCACCCUCGCCACCCAGAUGAUGACUAUAGUCAUGACCUGUUGCUGCUGCACCUGAAGGAGCCCGCCAAGAUCACAGACGCCGUGAAGGUCGCGAAGCUGCCCACUGAAGCAGCAGCACUGGGGACCUCAUGCGUGGCCUCAGGCUGGGGCAGCACGGAUGCCAGCCGUUAUGUGUUCUCAGAACAGCUGCAGUGCGUGGACCUUGACCUCUUGCCUAAAAAGAAGUGUGAAGAUGCCCACAUCGAGAAGGUGACAGACUACAUGUUGUGUGCGGGGUACCUGCCAGGCGGCAAAGACACCUGUGUGGGUGACUCAGGGGGCCCACUGAUCUGUGAUGGUGUGCUGCAAGGUAUCACAUCAUGGGGCGACAUGACGUGUGCCCUCCCCAACUCACCCGCCAUCUACACUAAUGUUAAAAAACACCUAAAGUGGAUAAAAGACACCAUAGCAGAAAACCCCUGAAUGCCUCACACUGUCUCUGCUCCCAAUAAAACCAAAUAUGCUUCAAGUGAG